UAUAUAGGCACUAACUACUAUGCUAACACAAACUGAAGUAAGUGGUUAAUUCAUCUAUUACUAUUAUUAUGCAUGUUAGCGACAAUUUUUCAUGUGGAGUUAUGAAUUGUUGAUACCAAAAACACGAUUUAGCAGCAACUAGCACCGGACAAUCUCCUUUUCGUGCAUAAAUAAGUGGUUUUGGAAACUAAAAUUUCAAAAGUUUGUGAGUGUUUUUUGGCUUAAUUUAUGGACUCCUUUUGCUUAAUUUGAAGUGAUAUUGACGAUAAGAAUAGAAAAAACUACAAAUUCCGAGGACCUCAAACGACACCAUCACCCUAGAGCAGAAGCAUGGCAGGAAUGCUUUUCAAGAAUAAUGAAUUGCCGCAUAAUACUCUUAUGGUUGUUCACCAAUAGACUUAAAGGUAUCAGCGAGUGCUUUUCUACGAUUAUACGAGAAAAUUAUGACGGGUCUCGUAUCGAAGCUGAAAACAAAUUGAACCGAGCUGAAGGCGUUUCGGAUCACAUCGUCCCUUACUGGGACCAACCGUUCUCUCAACCGUAUUUUGAUAAUACGACAAAGAGAGAAUACACCACUACUGUUGGCCAAACGGCCCAUUUGCAUUGCAGGGUCAGGAAUCUUGGAGACCGAGCGGUGUCUUGGAUCCGCAAACGAGAUUUGCAUAUAUUAACAGUGGGAAUUCAAACAUACACAAAUGAUCAGCGAUUCAUGUCGCUUCAUACUGAUGGAUCCGAUGAAUGGACCCUCAAGAUCACCUCCUCUCAAACUCGCGAUUCGGGUGUCUAUGAAUGUCAAGUCAGCACCGAACCCAAAAUCAGCCAAGCCUUCAAACUUAAUGUUGUUGUUUCGAAAGCGAAGAUAAUCGGGAAUCCGGAGCUACAUAUCAAAAGCGGAAGCGACAUAAACCUAACAUGCGUGGUUCUUCAGACGCCGGAUCCACCUAGCUUCAUAUACUGGUAUAGAGGUGGCGAUGUGAUCAACUAUUCCCAAAGGGGUGGUAUAAACGUGGUAACCGAGAAACAAACGAAGACAAGCCGAUUGUUGAUAUCGCGAGCUACGCCUGAAGACAGCGGCAAUUACACUUGUUCUCCCAGUUCAUCUGAUGCUGCCAGCGUCUUGGUACACGUUCUUCAAGGAGAAACUCCUGCAGCUAUGCAACAUAGCGCCACGGUGCGAAUCGGGACUAUAGACUUCACUCUACUGAUACUGUUCUUGUGCUUCGUUUUUGUCCGGUGAAUUCUAAAUUUGCCUCUAUGAAUAUCAACUUUUAAGAAUUUUCACUAGUUUGGAGUCUGGUUGAGCAGCUAUCUUCUUGAACAUGAUGAAACGGUACGUAUCAAAUGUAUUUUUCGUUAACAGCUAUGUGCUAGAGUUGCGUGAGCAAACGCACUUGUUUCCAAAGUGAAGAGCACAAACAGAAAAUUGAUGGCAAUUGAUCAUCAAUUAUUAAAGUGUUCUUGGUCACAUCACAGUUAAUAUUAUUUAAUUAAUCCGAGAAGAUGAAUUGCGACCAAUGCCAUACUUAAUAUUUGUUAUUUGUCGCUCCUAAAUGAAGAAAAAUGUACCGAUUCAUCAAUCAGCUAUCCGGGUAGAACUUUGGCCGAAAUCGUAAGGCAGACGUGAAACAUUGCAACCAUUUUUUGUAUAUUAGUAGCAUAGAAAUUUCACCUGUGUACUAUACAAGAGUAGACUGUCUCUAAACUGCGCUUGUAGAGUUGUCAUUACGCAGUUAGCGCGAAGAAAGGUAAAUUAGAGAGGAACAGUUUAUGGUAGAAGUUAAUCGAUAAUUGGGUGGGUGAUCAUCAGGUUAAGACGUUUCUCUCAAAAUACAAGAAUGUAUAUACGAAGCCCUGUUUUAUAUGUCAUGUAAGCCUCAGAUACAAUUAUCCAUAGGUAAUGGCAAAUCUGCCACUAGUUGAACCAAAAACAAUUAUGCAUUAAUUCGCAUCAGCCAGUAAGUUAAGGUAGGUAAGUAGAUUUAAUUGAUGUCGUAUAUUAUAAGAUACGUUAGGAUCGAAAAUUAAGAUGUAUCCCAAGCCACCCAAGAGGUAAAUUCCACUUGGAAACAUAAUAGAAACAGAUUAACGGUCUGUCUUAAUUGAAUGUGAGGCACUAACUUUAGGGUGUACAUCUACUUAGGAUUUUCUAAAAAUAUUAUAUCAAACUAAAUGUAACAUAUCUUCCGAACAGCCUAAACCUAUCGCGUCUACAUUCCUGGUGGUAUAUAGUUAUAAAUGCAUACAUAAUCCAUCCAUUUCAACUGUCUCUGACAAUAAAUUGAUUUUUGUCAAAAGAGUUGAAGGUGCGAGUGAAACCCCUGAAUAUUAAUUUUUCUUUAACCGAAUUUCCUAGGUCGGAAAAGUUCCAUCGCAUUCAGUUCGAAAUGUCGAUUCGUGAUGUUUAUAGAUGCUUGGUGCACGACUAGAUAUGCCUAAAUCCAGCGAGCUUAGCAGCUUUCAUUCAAGGAGUCAGGGUUUAAAACCCCAGAGAACCUGCAGAGAUCUGCCGAAUAUUUAAAAUAUCGGCAACUUUCAAGUUAAAUCGCUCUUAUCCUACGUGAUCGGAGCGAAAUGUUAAUUACCGGUUUUUGUCUAAGAAGCUUAUAAAUUUAAUAGUGCAAGUGAUAGGCUGGGAGAGUUGCAGAUUCUCAUGGCUCUAACUUCAAGUAACUUAGAUAACUAUUGGAAUCACUCGGGAAUGGUAUACGAAUUGAACACUCGGUAAGCAUCCAUUUUAGAGACAAAAUUUGUGCUUAUAAAUGUUCGUUAUGAAAUUUUCUACGAAAUCGAGUUGGCCUGAUAUCCGUAGAUUUGAAAUGUCCGCUUUAAAAUGCUCGACAGUGCAACCAAAAUAAGAAAAAACAAGGUAAUUUUAAAUUAUGUAUUGAACAAUGCAAAAAUAACUCAAUCAUGCCAUACAUUUAGAGAAAAGUACUUGACUGCAAUACAAAACGAGAGCCGCAAGGCCGAUUAAGAUCCGACGGGCAGUUUUUGCAUAAUGCAAUUGUUAAAUAAACUACGUGGAAAAAAGACCUUUUUUAUUUUAUGCCAGGCUCAAAGUUAUGAAUAUCUUUUGCGCCCGCGAUUUUACACCUUUUUGGACCCUUAAACUAUCA